UUUGCACAGCGCUGGUGCCGCUCCGAGGGAGGCUCCAGCCCCUUUAAGUAAAACAAAGUGGAAUCCAGCAUUGUGCAUCUUGAAACCUGAGACCCAGGACCAGGAGUGCGAGGGGGAACAACGGGAAAGCCUCGCCAUUCCCGAGGACAACUGCCGCGAGUGGAGCUUUAAGGGAUAAAAGACGCUUUUAAGAGGGCGGUGGAUGGCUUUUGUGCAGAGACCUGCGAAAUAAAGGAGCCCGGGAAGAAGAGAGUUCUUUUUCUCCUCCUCUCUGGAUACAAUGGCCAUUGCAAAGCGAAGCAUCUUGAGAUCCGGCUUCAAAUGGCUCUUCCUUGCAACGUUUAUGCUGGCUUGCGAUGGACAAGGUGGAAAGCGAGAGAACGGGGGUCCUGCCUGUUACGGGGGAUUUGAUUUGUACUUCAUUCUAGACAAGUCGGGAAGUGUCCUGCACCACUGGAAUGAAAUCUAUCAUUUCGUGGAGCAUUUGGCCCGCAAGUUCAUCAGCCCUCAGCUGAGGAUGUCCUUCAUUGUGUUUUCAACGAGAGGGACCAUUCUAAUGAGGUUAACAGAAGACAGGGAACAGAUCCGCCAAGGGCUGGAAGAGCUGCAGAAAGUCCUCCCGGGAGGCGACACGUACAUGCAUGAGGGAUUUGAAAGGGCAAGUGAACAGAUUUACUAUGAAAAUGUUCAUGGUUACAGAACUGCAAGUGUCAUCAUUGCACUGACAGAUGGAGAGCUCCAUGAAGACCUGUUUUUCUACUCUGAGAGGGAGGCUAACCGCUCGCGCGACCUGGGAGCAACAGUGUAUUGCGUCGGUGUGAAAGACUUCAACGAGACCCAGCUGGCCAGAAUUGCCGACAGCAGAGACCACGUCUUCCCAGUGAACGAUGGCUUCGAAGCCCUUCAGGGCAUCAUAGACUCUAUCCUGAAGAAAUCCUGUAUAGAAAUCCUGGCAGCAGAACCUUCCAGUAUAUGUGCAGGGGAGUCGUUCCAGGUGGUUGUGAGAGGGAACGGAUUUCGACAUGCCCGCAACGUUGACAGGGUGCUCUGCAGCUUCAGGAUCAACGACACCCUUACCCUCAAUGAGAAGCCUUUCGUAGUGGAAGAUACCUACUUACUGUGCCCAGCGCCUGUGCUGCGAGAAGUUGGCAUGGAAGCAGCUCUCCAAGUCAGCAUGAACGAUGGUCUGAGCUUCAUCUCCAGCUCCGUCAUCAUCUCCAGCACACACUGUUCAGAUGGGACCAUCCUGGCUAUUGCCUUGUUGAUCCUCUUCCUCCUGCUGGCCUUGGUUCUCCUCUGGUGGUUCUGGCCCCUUUGCUGCACUGUGAUCAUCAAAGAGCCCCCCCCUCCUCCUGCAGAAGACAGCGAGGAGGAAGAUGAUGAUGGCCUUCCGAAAAAGAAAUGGCCAACAGUAGAUGCCUCUUACUAUGGUGGACGUGGAGUUGGUGGCAUCAAACGAAUGGAGGUGCGCUGGGGAGAAAAGGGCUCCACGGAAGAAGGUGCCAAGUUAGAGAAAGCCAAGAAUGCCAGGGUGAAGAUGCCAGAGCAGGAAUACGAGUUCCCUGAACCCAGGAACCUGGCGAACAACAUGCGCAGGCCUUCCUCUCCUCGGAAGUGGUACUCCCCCAUCAAGGGGAAGCUGGAUGCUCUCUGGGUCCUGCUGCGGAAGGGUUACGACCGUGUGUCUGUGAUGCGCCCACAGCCAGGAGACAAGGGCCGCUGCAUCAACUUCACCAGAGUGAAGAACACAGAGGCCCCCCCCAAAUACCCUCUCAACAAUGCGUACCCCCCGUCAUCCCCCCCCCCAGCACCCAUCUACACCCCCCCACCCCCAGCACCCAUCUACACCCCCCCUCCACCCAGCUCCCCCACCCCACACACCCCAUCCCCCUCCUCCACGCUCCCCCCACUCCCCCCACCCCCCCAAGCCCCCCCACCCAACAGGGCCCCCCCUCCAUCCCGGCCCCCCCCUCGCCCUGCAGUCUAAGUGGGGGGGGUUCAGCCUUGCUCCCAUCUCUUCCACAAGCAUCCGAGGGGCUUUUUCAGCAGUACUGUACCACAUCCAUUGGCUGGGGGGGUGGGGGGGUGGGAGGGGGGUAGAGGAAGCUGGAUUGGGUUUGGAAGGGGUGACUUUGGGGUUGUCUUUGUCCUUUAGAUUUCUGUUAUUGUUCAAACCCCCUGUGCAUCAGUGCCACCAAACUAUCAAGUAAGAGCAGCCAAGAGACUGCAGGAACAAGGCAAGUAACUUGAGUCCCAUUGCAGCAAGGCUCUUCUCCCUUCUUUGUCCCCAACGCUUCCCAUGGCCAUUCCAGGACAUAUUGGAAACAAAGAGGAAUGGAAAACUACAGCAAGCUCUCCAGAAAGGCCAAUUCUCCCUAGGGGACAACUGCAAGAGACUCUUCCAAGUGCAGCCAUCCCAGGUAGCUACUGCACAAGGGCAUCGGGACAAGACUCAAGGUAUGAGAGAAAGCUGCUCCCAUCCCAGCUGCCAAGCGGGUGAUGACAACAGCAGGCCUGCAAGUCCAGGAACCUGGUAAAUCCAAGGAGAACUGUUCCCAUGGACCACGGGAAGGCGGCAUCAUCUCGGAGGGUCUGGAUGGGAGAAGGGGUAGGUCUCUGGAUCCGCGUAUGUCGGCGUGUGGAAGAGCAGGUGAAUGCGAACGGAGCGCCACUAGGGAAUGGCAUUGGAAAUACACCAGGUGGAACGGCACGAGGCUUGGACCCCAUCCCCUGAGGACAAGGAAUAACUGGCAACAGGUCGGCCUCCAGCGCUCCCAGCGGGACAGAGGAGCUCCUGGCAACGGAGGAAGGGAAUCUGGGAAAGGUAUGGUUGAGGAAGAGUCUUUGCAUUCAGUUUAGGCUGAUACUGGCUACUGAGUUAAGGGCUCUGCCAUGCAGCGGUGCCAUUCAAUGCUGCUUGCCGAAGGAAAGUUCCUGAUGUAAGGGGUGCAUCCAUCUCCCUGCACCCAUUCCGCUCGGGCUCCUUGCUGCUGUCAGUUUGAAGGGGUUCCCACUGAUGCGUUUGGUUUUCCUGUAAAUUGCAUCCUUUCACCACAACGUUUCCAUGCGGAUUGCUGGGUUCGGUUUUCCUUUCCGGAAUAAGCAGCAGGCGCCUUCCAACCUCGUAGUGAAGGAGGUGCAGAGCGCUUCCUCCCUCUCCUCAGCUCCCAACACCAUCACUCCCAGUAGCAGUGGUUGCUAAGGCAAAACUCAACCCAUCGGACGUGCAGGAUGGGAAUCAGCCUUCCAAGGAAUGCACUGGCUGCAUUUCUCCAUGCUUUCUCCUCGCCUCCCCGGGCCCCCCACCCUAUUCCACAACGCUUGCACACACUCACGUGGCUGUUCUCCUAUAGCACAACCUGCCUUUGUGACAAAUAGAAGUAGGUUUGAUCACUCGAGCCAGAGCUCUGGCUCCCUGUUGACCGUCAGGAUCAGUUCUCACAACGUGACUCUUUCCAUGGAAGUUGGUAACCCACCUUGUAGCUGCAGUCCUACGAAUGUCCAAGGGUUCUCACAAGCAUGUAUGUUUGUAGCAGAUAAAGAAAUGCUUUGCCAAGUGCUUCCUUCAGCGCUGUUGGAAAUAAACAGGAAUUUUAGCUUUUUUAGGAAGAAAAAAAAGGGAAAAAAUACUCAAGGAGGAAAGGGAAGAGACAAAAAAUGACCCUUCUGGUCCCCAUUCAUUCAUUCAUAUUUGUGAAUGACCCCUUAUGGUGAGACUCGGAGCCAGUCUGACUGUCAUUCACCAGCCUUCCCCACCGCUAGCUCAUGGCAUCUAUCAGAUGGGAUAAACGCAUCCAUCUGCUACAUCCAUGAUGCUGGAUCUGAAGACGCAACCUCCAGCCAAGGCUGUUGUGCAGAAAGGCUGCUUAAUUCACCCCUAACCCUGUUCUGUCUGCAGGCAGCACAGAGCAGCCCCAAUCAGGAGCAAACCCAACAGUUCUACUCGCUGUUGUCAGAUGCACCAGCUACAGCCCAUAGGUAGCUCAAGUCAACCUCGUGCUUGGCACAUGGGAAUGGGAUGCUUCAAACACCCAGACACACGUUUGGUUGGACUCCCUCUUGGGAUGGAUGGGAUCUAGUUCAAUAGGUGCUUGAUCUGGGUUCAGAAAGAAAGAGGUAAGAACUGGGAAUGGUGUGAUAAGGAUCAAUGGAUAGGUCUCUGAACAGAUCCUCGUGUUUCAAGAGUUUGGGAAGGAAAUUGAUUUUCAACAGGAUGGCAUUGGGAUUUCAUUUGGUUUAAGGGUCACUUCGCCAGCAAAUCCAAACCUACUGCUGGGGGAAGCUCCAUAGCAGUGUAUAUCCAUUCCUAAGGCUCACUUUCUUGCAGAUGUACAUAGGAAUCCUCGUUUUCCCCAACCUAAAGGGAAAAAAGCCCUCCAGUAUCAAAGAAGCAAACUCCAACCCAGAUGAGGCCAGGGAAAUCAUCACUGCCCACUCACGACGAAACACCAAACUCCAAAUUCUUUGUUGUACAUAUUGUUACCGCGUGCUUACCAUAUGUUAGAUGGAAGCAUUCCCUAUCCGAGUGCGGAUAAAAAGACCAUUGUUCAAGUUGUAGUAAAUUAUUAUGAAGCCAAUGACAUUUCAUGGCACGUUAUUGUACCAAGCUGUGCUUGUUGUAUUUUGUUCUUUACGGUUGUAUUGCUUUGUUUUCUAUCAAUGUACAAAUAUCUCCUGUAGUGACGAAUGCCUGUGGGACAUAGCAUUAACUGAAGCACGACAGCUCCUGCCUGCACGCUCCCUUGAUCCAUUGGCAUUGCUUUUCCCCAUGGAUCCAGGGUGGGAUGUGGCCGGAGCAUGGACACCAAAGCAGAGCACCCAACCCGUUGGUGAACUGCUUUUGGUGCAUCCUUUCCAACGUUCGCAGACAAAACAGGAGCGCGUUUGGUGGCCCUUGGUCUUGCGUUUAGGAUCAACCUCAAUGCGGCUGCUUAAAAGGCUUCCCCAGAGCACCGCAUGUGCUCUUAAAGAUCCAUGCUGGUCCCUAAGGAUCGAUUUAGGGAUUCAUUUAGAGAUAAACAUAAGGUGAUCCAGCCUAAAACUUGGUCCUGACUUUAAAUCAGCCUCCACUGCCGAGUGAUGCUAUGUAACCCAGGUUGAACCAGCUGGUGCGCCAUACACCGCCCUAUGGUACCCUAUGUAUUCUCUGGCUAUAAAACCUUCCUAGAAACACAUUACCCAGGCUACCAAUCCUCACUAGCCAGUUCUUAAGUAAACCUUCCCUAUAGAUCAAAGGGAGCUGAGGGGCACCACAUCUGCUCCCAAUCUCCCAGGGCUUCCCUGUUCACUGCUCCUCCAUGGGCUGGUCUAGACAGCCGUAAGCAGACGUCUGAUGGCAUUAAAUAAACCCUUGUUCCAUUCUGCUCUGGAGCCCUCCCUUUGAUUGCUGCCUUGUUCCUCCUCCGUGCAAACCUUCCCUUGGUGUCCUGCAGCCUCAAAGGGCUCAGCAGCUGCCUUUGACAGGUUCAGAGCAUGGGGUUUAAUGGCUAAAAUGCUCCAGAUGGCUGCUGGCUGCGUCUCAACGCGGUCACCCACAGGAAUGGGGCAGGCAACUGAAUUCACCCUCU